CCGCCCACCAGUUGGUUCCUGCUUAGUAUUAUGUGGUGAUAAGAGGAGAGACAAAACGGGAAAGACGGCCUAAACAGCCCUUUUAUCUCAAGAUUAGUUAUUUUGCCGUUGCAUCUCCUAACCCUGCAGUUUCACUCUCUUACGACUACCAUGCUCCGUCUGACUGCAGGGCGCGUGGGAAGUCUGGUUGCCAGACGUGCAACCGUGGCCUUGACUACCAACAGCGCGAGGAUGGCGAGUCACGAGGUGGCACAGGCAGUGGACAUGUCUCAGCCAAUGUACGUGGACCGCCUGGACACCCCUCUGCCCGACAAACCCUACACCGACGUCCUGACUGCUGCCGACAAGAGCCUGAAACAGAAGGAGAAAGGACCCUGGAGCCAGCUGAGCCAAGAGGAGAAGCUCGCCUUGUACCGGCUCGCGUUCCAUCAGACCUACCCGGAGAUGAAGCGGCCGUCAGCAGAGUGGAAGACUGUCUUGGGCGGUAUGUUCAUCUUCUUGGGCUUCACUGGCCUGCUGGUCUGGUGGCAGGCAUCCUACGUCUACCCUCCACGUCCCAGGACCUUUGACGAGGAGUGGCAGGCCAAACAGCUACAGAGGAUGUUGGACAUGAAGGUCAACCCCAUCGAGGGCUUCUCAGCCAAGUGGGACUAUGAGAAGGGCCAGUGGAAGUAAAGGGACCACUGGACUGUGGCUGAGGUGGCACAGGGUCCCGAGCUGUCCCCUCAGAGCGUGGAUUUGUUCCACUCUGUGAAGCUGCUGUCAAAGUCAGUCGCAUAUUUGAAUGUUGCGUUCUCAAAAACUGUCAAAAACCACUAGAAGGAUGGAGCUUUAUCCACUGUCAACAUCUCUGGGGCCAUUUGACUCUGUGCCACCUCUGGCUCUCAGCCAGGGGCCUCCUCUCCAACCACUUCUGUCAUGGUGAGACCUGUGUCCGUCCUGUUGUAACCUUAUCAUAAUAAAGUUUUUCCUAACGCAA